AUGGCUGAAGACGAAAAGAUUAAGUCUUAGAAUAAUUUGAAAGAGUCAUUACUUUCAAAGACAGAUACAGGAGAAGCUAAAGCAAAAUAGUAUGUACCAAAAACAAUCUUUGGUGCUGAUGGUAACUUGAUAGCGUUGUCAGUUAUGAACUUCUUUUUGAAUGCUGCUGUCUCAGUAAUUACUCCUUUUUAUCCAGGUAUUGCAGCAGAUAAAGGAGUUAAUUAAACACUUAUUGGUUUAAUUUUCGCACUCAAUCCUAUCGGAAGUUUUUCCGUUUCUUUGUCUAUUGGUUAAAUGAUGGGUUUUUUGGGUAAAAAAAAUUUGAUGUUUUAUGGCUUGUUAAUCUAAGUUCUCACAAUUGUGACAUUUGGUGUUGUAUAUUAUAUUGAUAAUUAGGGAGCUUUUAUAGCUGUUUCUAUGAUUGCUCGUUUUUUCCAAGGAGCUUCUCGUUCCUGCUAUGGUGCUGCUACUUUUGGUUACGUCCCAUAAUUAUGGCCUGACUCAAUCCAAAAGAAAAUUGGUAUCAUGGAAACAAUGACAGCUAUUGGUUUAUUGCUUGGUCCUAUGAUUGGUUAAGCUUUGAAUAAUCUCGCUGGUGGUAACGCUGCUUUGGCUUACUAAUUACCAUUCUAUGUUUUGAGUGGAAUUUUCACACUCUGCAUAUUCACUGUAAAAUGGUUACCUCCUGAUGUUAAAAAUAAAGUUGAAAUCGAUAAAGUAAAGGCAAUAGAUUGCAUGAAAACAGGUCCUAUUUUUUGGACUUUUUCUCUUAUGACUGGAAGUGCAAUUGCUAACACUUAUAUCAAUCCAUAAUACACUAGACAUAUGGUCUCUCUUGGAUUAGAUGAAGGUAAAGCUGGAUAUGUUAUUUCAGUUGGUGCCUUCUUUUACAUGGUCUUCUUACACUUGAUGCCACACAUUUCCAAAAGACUUGAUAAAAAGUUCAUUAUCACUCUCGGUACUUUCAUAUCGUUACUUGGUAUCUUGGUUUAAUCUCCCGAAACCUACUUAGGACUUCCUCUUGGGGGUGAUCACUGGUAUUUAGUUACAGUUGGUUAGUCAAUUAAUGGUAUAGCCUCUGCAAUGGUUAUCCUUCCUAUGAUCCCAGAAUUGAUAGAACUUAUUGUUGUUAACGAAAUGAAGAUUCGUAAAGUUGCCUAACCUGAUCUCAAAAUGAUAAGAGCUUGCAGUGAUAUGGGUUCCAGUAUUUUUGUUGGUGGUUAUGCUCUUGGAACUUUCAUUGGUCCUUUUGGAGGUUCUCUCCUUUAUGAUGUCUUUGGUGGUGGUGGCAAUUCAGAUCAUGAUGAUGCUGUAGCCUUUAGGGAUGAAUCAAGAAUUUUUGUUGGACUAGUUUUUCUUAUCAUGGUUUUAUAUAUCAUUUUUGGUAAAGGUUAUCUUGGCUUGGUUUCAACUGCUAAGAAGCUUAAACUCUGCCAGAAAAAGAAGUCUCAAAACAACGAAUAAGCUAUUAUCAAAAGAUAGACUCUAUUAGAUCAAAGACAAACAAAGCAUGUAUCAAACAAGAUAAAUACUUCUGAUAGUAAUGGAAUAAAUAACACUACAUUUAACGCCAAUUCUAUGAACUAACAACAGUAAAAUAGAGAUAGCGAAAAAGGAGAAAGCCAAGUAGGAGAGAGCUAAGAAGAUAAAUUCAAGCUUAGCGAGCACUCUGAUGAUGAGCUAUUGUCAGAUAACUCUCUUUGCGAUGUCCUCUCAGCUGGAAGCGGUGGUGCUGGUGAAGAUGGAGAUAGUCACAACAUCCCUGCUCCUAUAAUUGAUUCUACUGGAAAGGAAAACGAAAAUAAUACAUAUUACUUUGAAUGA